AUGACGACAACCACGAGCAGCGACACGAGCGCGCCUAGUAGCAUUGUAUUGCAGAGCAUGGAAAGUGCGAAGAGCAUCGACAGUUCUGUGGGGGUGACGAGUAUGAGCGAGGGUAGUCAUUACAGCCAGAUAUCUGUGCAGAAACAGAAGCGGGGAUUUAAGCAGGCUUGGAGUUUUUCGUCGUUGCGGAAGAAGGAGAAUGGUGAGAAGAAUCCGUUCAAAUGGUUGUGUCGCAGGUCAGAUGCUAGUAUUCGCCAUUCAACGAGUGAAUUGAAGCUCGAACAACAAGGAAAGUUAGAAGAAGAGCAGUCUCAUGGACUUAAGAGACAGACACUGCCACCACAAACGAUACCAUUCAACCUUGGACCUGUGAUCGUGCAAAGAAUGGAGAGACUAGAAGAAAAGAUUGACAUCAUCUCCUCGGGCCUGUUCUUUGCGUCGAGAAAUACAACCAAUAGCACAAAUCUAAAGACAGGGAACCUCAUGCCUGACGAAACACCACAAAAUACCUAUCCCCCUCCCCAAACAAACCUCGACAUGAAAAACCACCUCAAAAUAUUAACCGCCGAAAUCACCCAUCUAACCAAAUCCAACAACAACCUUUCCUCUUGUAUCGACGCCCUCGGCUCAUCCGGCCUGAUCGAUCUACUCGAAAUUCUGAGCUGCUCACUUGAGCGACUGCACGCUGCUGUUACCUCCCUACGCGAAGAGCAGAAACAAUGCCAACAACAACAAGCCAUCAACCCGAACCGCCGCCAUGAGACACAGCUCGAUUUGCAAAUGGAACUCAUCCAACGCCUUGGCUUUCUGUUGGGUCAGAGAGAAGAGCAACUUAAGCAUGAGCGGAAACUCAAUCAAAGUUAUAGGCGGAGUAUUGAAGGAUUGGAGGAGAUGAUUCGUGCGUUGGAGGAGGAGUGGGAGAGGGCUAUGCCGGUGAUGGCGCAGUCGGGUUAUGUACAUGUAGAGGGGCUGGCUGAUUGUAUUAGAAAGCUGUCAACUAAUGGGGAGUAG